UACUAGCUCAGUCCAAACACUACUCCACAGCGCCCUGCAGCCCACUGAUCGAUCACUACCUGCAAUCUUACAGAGCCAAUCGAUAGCCAGUAGCCAUCUCGAGCUAGUUGGCGCUCAUGGACAUGAUGGGCAUGGGCUUGGAGGACCUGGAGGUGCUGGCGAUGAGCCCGGCAGGCUCGGUGGCGGCGGCGGGGAGCGAGGACGAGGGCGACCUGAGGAGGGGGGCCUGGACGGUGGAGGAGGACGUCCUGCUCGUCAACUACAUCGCCAAGCACGGCGAGGGCCGCUGGAACUCGCUCGCCCGCUCUGCAGGCCUGAAGCGCACGGGCAAGAGCUGCCGGCUCCGGUGGCUCAACUACCUCCGCCCCGACGUGCGGCGCGGCAACAUCACGCCCGAGGAGCAGCUGCUCAUCCUCGAGCUCCACUCGCAGUGGGGCAACCGCUGGUCCAAGAUCGCGCAGCACCUCCCCGGCCGCACGGACAACGAGAUCAAGAACUACUGGCGGACCCGGGUGCAGAAGCACGCCAAGCAGCUCCGCUGCGACGUCAACAGCAAGCAGUUCCGCGACGUCGUGCGCUACAUCUGGAUGCCGCGGCUCGUCGAGCGCAUCCGGGCGGACUCCGCCGCCAGCGGUGCCGCAGGCGACGCGGCGGCGACGACGGUGAGCGCGCCGGCCGCGUACGGGAGCCUCGUGCCGCCGAACAAAGCUCACGGCCGCCACGUGCACCACUACAACGAGCCGAGCCAGACCACGGCGACGACGGCCAUGAGCCCCGACACCUCGAGCGCGAUCCGGUCCUCUCUGUCAACGGAGGCGUCGCAUGGAGCGCACUUCGCGUCGUGCACGACGACCCCGACAAUCGAAGUCGGUGUCGUGCAAUGCGGAGGUACGAGCGACGCCAUCCACGACGACGACGUGUUGAACUAUACUAUAUGCGACGAGAGCUGGUCGGAGCUUCUCGCUACCGCCGACCGUGACGGUGACUCGAUGAUCGGCCUGCCGGAAUUUGAAUUUGGAGAUCUCGAGGAGAACUUGUGGAGCCUCGAGGACAUCUGCUUACAUCAGCAGUGCUGAUCCAAGGCAGACAUAGUGAGACUGUGUCUGUCAGAGGGGGUGCAUAAUCAAGACAGAAUUACUGAAUUAGUGACAAGUACAACCUGCAUGCUGAUUACUGGAGGAAAAAUACGCACAAGUGAGGGAGCAUUAUGUAUAAAAGGAAAUUCCACAAGAAGUAAAUUAAUACUAAUCGACGUAUGGUUUAGUAUGACUAAAUUUGGAAGCAUGUGCAUAUCCCCUUUAGUUUUCCUACUCGAUCUGGAAGGUUUUGUGCACUUAGUUUGUUUUGCAGGCGUGCGUGGAUGUAUACCGCACUCGUGAGUGUGUGUACACGUGUGGUUGUCUCUAUGCGUGUGUACCAUCCUCGUGGUCCCAAAAAAAAAAAGAACAGCUAUAUAACUUAUCCUAGGAUAGGAAAAGGACAUAAGAGACAGUU